GCCGGACCGGUGUAGGGGUGUACCAAGCGCUUCCGUGUGAGUGAGCUGGGGACCGAACCCAGGGCCUUGCGCUUGCUAGGCAAGCGCUCUACCACUGAGCUAAAUCCCCAACCCCUCAGGAAGAACGUUUAAAAGGAGAUUCAGUACUGUGUGAACAUAUGCAUUUGGGGUGAAAGAAACAAAUUUGGAUGCCAUGAUUAGAAUUGCUCUUACCACAGUUGGGUAGACCAGAUGCCUAUCCGGGGCGCCUUAGGACCUGAUCCUGGGCUUUAUGCAUGCCAGGUUCCAGGGACCAAGCUCCGGCUUGAUGACAAGCACCUUUAAUCCACCGAGGCUUCUUGCUGGCCCAGACAUCAUAUACUUUAUAGUUUUCCCUUUUUAAAAGUUCUAGGGAGCCACCUUCGUGUGACCGUAUGGCCUCGCUGGUGGCGUAUGAUGAUUCUGACCCCGAGUCGGAAGCUGACCCUGCCAGAAGUGGGGACGCUGCUGGUCAGAUGAGCGACGUCUCUGGUAUCAGCAGACCUGAGGUGGAGUUUGCAUCUAGCACAGGUGUGACCAAAGAGGGGGCACAGCACACAGGGAACUCUCCUUAUGAAGACCCAGGGAAGCAGCGUCUGCCCCUGGCUCGGCUCUGGAGAAGUGACCCGGGGUCAUGUCCCAGCCAGAGGCUACAGUGGCCCUCAAAGGAACCUGAUAGCACCUUCCCCACCAGUGAGCCUCCUGGUCCUUCUUUGUGGAUGAACCGAGCCCCAGUUGGCCAUGUGCCCCUAGCAGCUGCCUGCUUUAAGCCACUAAAACCUGCCUGGGAUGCCUUCACACCUUCUCACACUCACAGCAAGCUGGAAAGCACCGCUGGAAAUGCCAGCUCCUCUCAGAGGAAGAGAGGUGAGGCCUGCGUGCUGCCCUACAUCCCCAAGAGACUAAGGCAGCUGCAAGUGCUGAAUCCAGAAGCAACUGGGGGCAGAGAUGUCGAGCCCCCGGGGUCCCCUGCAGGGUGUGCCCCGGCCCCACUCUGCGUGGCUCCCACAGUGUCCGAGUUCAUCCAGCCAUAUUUGAACAGUCAGUACAGAGAGACUACGGUCCCCAAGAAAGUGCUUUUCCAUCUUCGAGGCCACAGGGGCCCGGUCAACAGCAUUCAGUGGUGUCCGGUCUUUAGUAAGAGCCACAUGCUUCUCUCUGCUUCCAUGGACAAAACCUUCAAGGUGUGGAAUGCUGUGGACUCGGGGCACUGCCUGCAGACCUACUCUGUGCACAGUGAGGCAGUAAGGGCUGCACGGUGGUCUCCCUGUGGCCGGCGCAUCCUCAGUGGCGGCUUUGACUUUGCCCUGCACCUAACAGACCUCGAAACAGGAACCCAAGUGUUUAGUGGUCACAGUGACUUCAGAGUCACCACCUUGAAAUUUCAUCCAAAAGACCACAACGUCUUUUUAUGUGGCGGCUUCAGCUCUGAAAUCAAAGCCUGGGACAUGAGGACUGGCAAGGUGGUGAAAGGCUAUAAGGCCACCAUCCAGCAGACCCUGGACAUUCUCUUCCUCCAAGAAGGCUCUGAGUUCCUUAGCAGUACCGAUGCAUCCACUCGGGACUCUGCUGACCGAACCAUUAUCGCCUGGGACUUCCGGACCGCCGCCAAGAUCUCCAACCAGAUCUUCCAUGAGCGCUACACCUGCCCCAGCCUCGCCUUGCAUCCCCGGGAGCCUGUGUUCCUGGCGCAAACCAAUGGCAACUACCUGGCUCUCUUCUCCUCCGUGUGGCCCUAUCGGAUGAGCAGACGGCGACGCUAUGAAGGCCACAAGGUGGAAGGCUAUGCGGUGGGCUGUGAGUGCUCCCCAUGCGGUGACCUGCUGGUGACAGGCAGUGCCGAUGGCCGGGUGUUGAUGUUCAGUUUCCGUACUGCCAGCCGGGCAUGCACACUACAAGGGCACACACAGGCCUGCCUUGGCACCACCUACCAUCCUGUGCUGCCUUCCGUCCUCGGCACCUGCUCCUGGGGAGGAGACAUCAAGAUCUGGCACUAACUGACAACUGAGGUCCUGCUCCUGGGUGGGUGGCCAGAGGUUGGGCGGCUCCCCAUGUCUGCUGAGCUGCAGUGACUUGUCUGUAAAGUGGGGGUGAGAAGCCAUUUGAGCGUGCAAGGACUGUUAGUAAAGGCAUUUGCCCAGUGACUGCUGACACCCAAUCAAUAAGUGUGUGCUCUAUAGGGUUUGGUUGGUUGAAUGGGGGUGUUUGUUUGUUUUGUUUUGUUUUGUUUCUGGCUUUUCCAGACAGGGUUUCUCUGUGUAGCCCUAGUGGUCCUGGAACACAGGCUGGCCUUGAACUCAGGGAUCCACCUGCCUCUGCCUCUUAAGUGCUGAGAUGAAAGGUGUGCACCACCAUGCUUGGUGUGGAUUUUCUUAAUCUGAUUUUGUCAAUGAACACAUAUUAAUAGUGUCCUCCUGCCUUCUUACUGCAGGUGGGACUGUCACCUGCCGGUCCUAACAGUGUUAUCCUCCCUGACAGUGAGGCUCUGGGGCUUGUGUCUGCCCGAGCUCUCCGCUCCACAGCCCCACCCCCUUGCUCCCUAUUGGACACCAGACUGUGUUUCUUCCCACCCCUGUCUGGUCCUCUCCCCGCUGCUUGCCCGCUGCCAGGUGGGUUGUGAUGGACGCAUCCAUCCUGAAGGAGAUGAGGAGAAGCAGGACCUCAGAAGCACUAACAGAGACUGAGUGGGCGGGCUCUGGAAGCGUGGCGGUUUAAAUAAGGAUGGGCCUCAUGGCUCAUCUAUGUGAACACUCAGAGAGUGGCUCUGUCUGAAAGGAUUACAAGGGCUGGGAGGCGUGGCUUUGUUGAAGGAAGUGCGUCACUGGGGGCGGGCUCUGGGGGUUUCAGAAUCCCAAGCCUGGCCCAUUCUCUCUUUUCAGCUUCAGAUCAGGGUGCAGAGCUCUCAGUUAUCGCUCUGGCAUCUGCCUGCAUGCAGCCAUACUCUGUGCCAUGAUACUAAUGGACCAAACCUCUGAAACUGUAAACCAACCCCAAUUAAAUGCUUUUUAAAAUAAAA